CCAGAAGGGAGCGCGCGCGCGAAAGAGAGAGAGUGUGUGCGGACGUUUACUUUCCCCCAGGCCGCCAUCGCGUGAGAGACUCGCGUCGGGAUCCCCCUUUGCGGCAGCAACCACCCUCCUCCGAUGCGACGGGAGAGACGAGGACGAUGGAUGAAGACGAGAUCGACAUUGAGGACGGGACGGUCAACGAGUCCGAGGAUGAGCGCGAGGAGGGCGACGAGGCCGUGACGGAGAUGGACGAUGGCGAGGAGCAGGAAGACGACGAGGAGGACGAGGAGGAGGAUGAAGACGAAGACGAGGAUGGGGACGAUGACGAUGACGACGACGAGGAAGAGGAGGAGGAAGACGAGGAUGAUGACGACGAGGACGACGACGAGGACGACGACGAGGAGGGCGAGGAUGAGGAAGACGAAGAUGCAGAGAUGGCCGAAGCAAGAGCCGACCGGGGUGCUUCUCCCUCGGCUCUCGACACGUCACCGUCCUCCUAUAUGCAAAGGGCAAUCGCGCGAAGAGCAUUGCUGCGACCAACACAGGCGUCGCUCGCCGCGACGAGCUAUUCGAUCGAGCCCGUGGGGGCGGCACCACAUGUGGCCCACGUCCACGCCAUGGCCAUCAGCGGAGACGGCAGCGUUUUGUUGAGCGGCGGCAGCGAUGGCCAUGUUCGACGGUACGACGUGUACGCGAGCAUGAACUCCCGGAGCAUGCUCACCCAGAACGUCCGGCACCAAUUCGUCGACGGUGUCGUGCGGGGCGGUGUGCUUCACAGCUGGUGGGCAAACGAGGAGGUGCCGCUGGUCAAGUCGUCAAGCAAGGACAAUGACGACUUUGACGAGGAAGACCGGCUGGUCAGUCCCGUUCACAGCCUCGCCCUCCAGCAGGAUGCGCUGUGGUCCCUCACAGGCACCGAGUCGGGCAACAUCAACCUCUGCAGCGUCCGCCAUGAGCCGGGACAGAUCCGCCAUGUUCUCCGCAAGCACACAUCUGCCGUCUCGGCAUUGGCACUGACAGACCAGGACACGCAGCUCGUCAGCGGAGGCUGGGACAGGAGUGUUCAUCAAUGGGAUCUCAACACGGGCCAGGUCGUCCGGUCAUAUCCCGGCCAUGCGGGCCAGAUCUCGUCGUUGUCCUUCCGGCCGCUACAGGUGGGCGAGGACCUGCAUGCUGGGCGAGCAGCCUCGUCCUCCCGCUCUCCCUCCAUCUCCAUCCAACCCAGUGCUGCCUCUCCGCUAAGAGGCCACUCGCCGGCCGCGACGCCCUCUCAACAACCAUCACCAAGCAAACGUACGCCGGCCGGCCCGAGUACGGCCAUGGAUGUCGUUGAGGGCCCAAUUUCCACACCUGGGCCCUCGACGAGCAAGAUGGCGACGCCGUCCAAGCAGACGCCCAAGCACGCAACAGCGACUGCAACGCCUGCCAGUGGUGCUAGCAAGAACACUGGAGCAACCCCCUCACGGGACUCGGAGCGAAAUACCAGCGAAAGCCCGAGCCGGAAACGAAGCAGGGACAAGAGUCCAUUGAGCAGACAAGGGGAAGAAGAGAGCACAACACCGUCAAAGACCACCCGGCAAAAUGGCCACAGUGGCGGGCCUACGGGCGACGACGAGACGCAAUCGGAGCAGGACCUAGAGCUGGAGAGGGACCUCAACGAGGCGCUGGGCCUGCAUACCUCGUCCUCUCGUCGCGGCACUGCCUCGGUUUCCAAUGGGCUGGGCGGGCCACACAAUGGCACGGGCACGCCCUCGGCGGGCAUGGAUGGCGACGAGGAGCUGCAAACGCCUGUGGCAACGGCGCGCAGGGACAUUUCCAAAGCUGACGGUCAGCAGGACCAUGACGGCAAGGACGAUUCAGAUCAGGACUCGCUCUUUGGAGGAGCGAGCGAUGCAGAGGGCGAUGCAGACGCAGAUGCCGAGGCAGACGUGGACGCAGAGGGCGAGGAGGAUGCCGAUGCAGAGGGUGAAGAGGAUGCAGAGGGCGAGGAAGAUGAAGAUGCGGACGGUGAUGACGACGAUGCACCCCUCGCGGCAAGAGCCGGGCUGUCGUUGUCAAGACUAGAGCUUCCCGGCAUGGGAACGGGGAAAGGAGGUGGAGAAGGCGGAGACGCGAGCAAUUCGCCGGGCGUGUCUUCUUCCACGCCUGCUGCGAACGCCGCCACCUCGGCAGCGACAGUCAACGGUAGCACGGCUGCGAAGAGCAAGAGUGUGCUUCCCAAACCCGCAUUUGCUGGACUGACUGCGUCGACGGGCUUCGACGCGGAUGUGUCCAAGUUCAGCAACGACGUCCUGAUGACGACGACACUCGGAGGUCAAGUGACGCUGUGGGAUCGCCGUGUACCCUCCCCUGCUGGCUCGCCUUCAGCCUCUGGCUCAGCUUCGGGCCUGGCGACGGGCCGACGAGGCGCCGUCAGGGCGCUGCCGCUGCCCGAGAAGACGCCGCCGUGGUGCAUGAGCGCGACAUGGUCCGCCGGCGGGGAUCGCAUCUACGUCGGACGCCGCAACGAGACGGUGGACGAGUGGGAUCUCCGCAUGACGUCUUCCUCCCUCGAUGAUGGCUUCUUCACCGCCAUCGGGGGCCGCAGCAGCGGUGGCGGAUGGGCAAAGGAGCCGCGCUUCCUGAGGAGCCUGCGCUUCCCAAGCGGGAGCGGGCCUGUAAGCGCAGUGUAUGCGAUGCCCAACGACCGACACAUUGUGUGUGCCAGCUACGACAAUGUCCGGCUCUGGGACACGCUCGCUUCGGCGCAUAGCGCACCAGGGCAGAGGAGCAGCGCAGUGCCGUUCCGCAUCGUUGCGGGCCACCACGGCGGGACAAUUUCGUCUAUCUUGGCCGACGCGACGUGUCGCUUCCUCUUUACCGCCAGCGGAGAUCGGGGCUGGCUGUCGAGCUCGACAGAGGCGCUUCUCCUGCACGAGAUCACGUCGUACGUCGACUGACCUUCUUCCUGCCUUCCUUCUGUCCGUUGUCGUCGUCUUCUCUUGUUCCCAGGAAUCGUUGUUGAAGUUACUCGUUUGAUGCAAUGGUAC